AUGUCAAGCAUAGAGGUGAUUGGCGGCAUCUCCGCCGUCAUUGCAAUCGUUGACGCGUCGAUCAAGAUCUAUAAGAAUGCAAAGAAGGACAUAGAGUUAUCUGAGAAAUUCAAAGCCGUGGGGCGCCAACUACCGAUAAUCCACGAUACUCUCCAAACAUGCAAAACGCACCUCGAACCGAGUAAAGACUCCAUACCCGCUGAUGACUGUAACGCCUUGGAGGAGAUCAUCUAUGCUUGUGAAGAAAAGGCUGAAAAGUUGAAGAAAAUAUUUGACAAGGUCAUACCUGGUGAAUCAGGCACGUGGGAGAAAAGAUACACCAAAAUUAUCCAGAGACUCGGGAAAGGAAGCGAGGUCGAACAGCUCAUGAUAUCGAUUGCCCAAGACGUCCAACACAUCGUCAACAAUCGCGUGGUCAAGUCUAUCAAACCAGAGCAAAAUGCCGAGCUUGAGAAUAUCAUCCAAGAGAUGGAGGCUCUCAGAUUUUCAGAGGAAGGGGACUCCGGAAAUACUUUCAACAGCAAAGGACCGAUGACGAACAAUUUCCUCAGAGACAAUGCGCAACAAAUUACCAACAACGCCCGUAUUGGAACGCAAAAAAUUACUUCCGUUGUUUACAAGCAGAAGGAAAACUUCAGCUUCCGGAAACCAGUGGGAGCCUGUCUCGGUCAGGCACCCCAUAUCGGCCCGGAGCUAUUCGUCGGGCGUAACCCUGAGCUCGAUCAGAUGAAAAGAAUUUUAGAACCAGAGGAUAAUCCUCGAGAGCAACGCCGUCUAGUUCUCGGUGGUGCGGGUGGCAUGGGCAAAACACAGCUUGCCAUUGCUUACGCAAAACGGUACCGCACCCUUUAUACAUCAAUAUUCUGGCUAAACACAGCAACGGAGACUACCCUCAAGGAUAGUUUUCGAUUAAUUGCCAAAACUAUCUUUGAUAUACAGGACCCUGAUAUUCUUGAGCCGGAUCAAACGAUCAUUCACAUUUGCCGAUGGUUAUCUGACACGGAAAAUACGCAAUGGCUAUUAAUCUUUGACAACUACGAUGACCCAAACCAGUUUAAAAUUGAGCAAUAUUACCCUCUUGCCUCCCAUGGGGCCAUUAUUGUUACUACACGACGUCCAGAUCUCGUUUCCGGAAAGACUGUUCAGAUACAGCCUCUUAAGGACAUUAGGGACAGCCUUAUAAUACUGCAAACCAGGUCCCAGAGGCAAAACACUACGUCAGACUCUCAUGCAAAACGACUAGCAGAGCGACUAGAUGGCCUUCCACUAGCGUUGGCUACUGCCGGGGUAUACCUUCGAUACAGCUCCUUUACUUUCGAGAGAUAUCUCCAAGAGUACGAGAAACGCUGGAAUAUCGAUUCAUGCAGGCCACCCACGCUCGAGGAGUAUCAGAAUCGCACGCUCUAUACCACCUGGGAUCUGUCGUAUGCUGCUCUAGGAAGGGAGGAUCUAGACGCAGCCAAACUACUAAAGUUGCUAGCUUACUUCGAUAAUCAAAACAUUUGGCGCGAGCUUCUGUGUGCUGGUUUAACUGAUAACACUCCGAGUUGGUUGCGUGGAGUUCUUGACGACGUUGCCUUCGACGGUGCGAUGGGAACGCUGGCAAAGUACUGCUUCUUGGAAGCCCAGACUGGGGAUGCUCAAACGCAGCUAGGGCUAUGGAGCAUGCAUUCCUGCGUGCACGACUGGACAUUGGCUACACUCAAUAAAGAUAUUGACGCGGAGCAGUAUUGGUACACUUUUGACUGUGUCGCUGAAGCUAUUGGUUCAGUUGAUGAUUUUGAGACUUUGAAUCACCUUUCUCAUGCUCGCUUGGCUGCUCACGCAACACGGCUAGUACAUCAGCGCUUCCUCCAAAACGAUCUCAUAGACAACAUUGCUAUCGGCCGGUUUAAGGGAGCAGUAAAAAUUGCAGUACUGCUUCGAGAGCAGGUACAGCUUGUGGCUGCAGAGCACGUGAAUCAACGCGUGCUUCGAGGAUACCAGAAGGCGUUUGGUGCUAAUCAUACAUCAACACUCAAUAUAAAGCAGGGUAAGCUAGUUAAGGCCGAAGAUAUAUAUCAGCGCGCGCUACAAGGAUACCAAAAGGCAUUGGGUGCUGACUAUAUAUCAAUACUCAAUAUGGUAAAUAACUUAGGCAAUCUUUAUCAGAAGCAGGGCAAGCUAGCUAAGGCUGAGGAUAUGUAUCAGCGCGCUCUAAAAGGAAAGGAGAAGGUCUUAGGCAAUCUUUAUCAGAAGCAGGGCAGGCUAGCUAAGGCUGAGGAUAUGUAUCAGCGCGCUCUGCAAGGAAAGGAGAAGGUGUUAGGUGCUGACCAUAUAUCAACACUCAAUACAGUUAAUCACUUGGGCAAUCUUUAUCAGAAGCAGGGCAGGCUAGCUAAGGCUGAGGAUAUAUAUCAACGCGCUCUGCAAGGAUACCAGAAGGCGCUUGGUCAAGAACAGGUCAAAACUUUUGUCCCUGCGCUUGAUAUCCACGGGAAUCUUGGCUUACUAUACAAACGACAAGGGCGGAAAGAUGACGCUAAGGUAGCCUAUCUUGUAGUACUACAGGGGAUUGGAACUGUUUUUGGAACUUCAGACAAGCGGUAUCAAAAGGUCACGGCUCUUCUAUCUGCGCUAGGUAGUUGA